AUGAAUCACAACAGCUUCGCUGAAGUAGCUCAUGCCAUAUCUACCAAUAUCGCUUUCAACAUUUACUACAACCCCAAGAUCACAAUCAGCCUUAGUUAUUCAAACUUCAUAGUCCCUGCACCCAAGUUCUUGAAGAUUGUUGACUAUCCAUUUUGUAUUGGUAUGAGAUUCAAAGCGAGAGUUGAGUCUGAAGAUGCCUCUGAGAGAAGAUCCCCUGGGAUUAUAACUGGAAUCAGCGGCUUGGAUCCUAUCAGGUGGCCUGGUUCUAAAUGGAAAUGCCUUUUGGAGAUUGAACCAUCUGGUUCAGUCUCCAAUUCAGGCAGCUUCAUAACAACAGGUCCUAAAAGAAGCAGGAUUGGCUUUACUGACAUUCCUGUCUCUGAGGGGAUCCACGCCACAGACUUUGAGGAAUCACUAAGAUUCCAGAGGGUCUUGCAAGGUCAAGAAAAAUUUAUGAGAAGAGGCUCUGGGGAAGGUUCUCCUCCUCUGAACUCCACAAACACCUGCUCAAUAUAA